AUGGCGCAGUCUCUCCGCAUCACAGCGCUGGGCUGGCUGCUGCUGUCCCUGGCACACACUGUCGGCGCCCAAGACUGGCAGGCAAAUGCCAAGUUUCAGUCUCUGCCCAGACGCGCUUCCGCAUGCGCCCGAGCGGGCUGGUUCCAGGGCAGCGGCUUCUUCGUCAUGAACGCCCUCGUCAACUACGCCUGGUCCAGGGACCCGGCGCUCCUGGGGGAUCCUGUCCACAGGUCGGUUGCUGGGGCCAUGGUUGCCAUCAUGUGGGUUAGCGGCUGGUGGUACGCGAGGAAUGGGGUCGCUCCGAACGCGGUUGCUGUUGGGGUCAUGGGCGCCCUCCAGGGCUAUUCUGCUCUCCUGCGUUAG